ACGACAGCGGCGGAAAUAUUUUCUCGCUAUUCAAAAUGGCACCGUCUCAAUCAGGAAGUGGAGAAAACAACUAAGAAGAAUAAGUUGGAUACAAUCGCUAUUUGCUGUUACUUUGACGCGAGUCUUCGUUGAAAACCAUCCCGUGUGGUCGGGGUUUGGAUUGAGAAUAAAAAACAUAUUGAUGGUCAUGGAAAGCCUUUGCCCUAGUUAGAAGUACUAUCUGGAACACAGCCAGCACGUGGUGGUCGGAGGGAACAUAGCCUAAGUCAGCUGGUGGUCAUGUGUGAAGCUCUGGUCUGAUGCCCACCCUCCCCUCAGCGCUGGCCAUGGACGGGGAGAACUACCUGCAUCCAGAAGGCCCUCAGCUGGACAGCAACUUGUUCUCUGUGGCCUCCCCUAGCACAGAGAGUUCAAUAUAUUCCUCCUCUGGUUCCUGGGGAUCUUACUCUCAGCAGCCUGGAUACAACGGUCACUGCCCUAUGCAAUCUGGAAUCCAGCAAUACCACUUGGACAGCAGCACUACCACCAUCACUCCGGAUGUGAACAUGGACAUGUACUCGGGAUUCCCUGACGUCGACUUUUCCGGGCUCAACCUCCCUAGAAAUGGAGACUUCCCCCAGGACCUGUCCUGCAUUGAUGACCUCUCUACAAACUCCCUGUUCUCCUCUCCGGCUGACUCGCUGUCGGAGUAUGCUGAUGCACAGCCCUUCAUCAGCCCAGACAACCUGAACACAGUGCCCACCCUCUGGGACGUCAACACUAGUACCACCACCACACCAGCACAGAGCCAGCUCGAGCAGAAUGGCACCAGCAGGUUUCAUGGCUUGGCCAGUUUGGAUGAUAUACAUGCUAUUAUCAGCACCCCACCCUUAGGAGGAUUCCAGCCUCAGAGAACACAGCCGCCCCCAGAGGAGGAGGAGGAUGCUGAGGAAGAAGAGACUGAUGAACUGGGACAUGUAGACACAUAUGCUGAGUACAAACCCUCCAAAUCCACUAUAGGAAUUUCUCAUCCUGACAUAGUGGUGGAGACCAGCACUCUGUCCAGUGUCCCUCCUCCUGACAUCACAUACACUCUGUCUAUCCCUGAGCCAACUGUCAGCGGGGGCCUGCUGUCCGCUCUGCAGCUAGAGGCUAUUAUCUACGCCUGCCAGCAACACGAAGUUAUCCUGCAGAACAACCAGAGGGCAGGCUUCCUGAUCGGAGAUGGGGCGGGGGUUGGAAAGGGACGCACUGUGGCAGGAAUCAUCCUGGAGAACUACAAUAAGGGAAGGAAGAAAGCACUAUGGUUCAGCAUAUCCAAUGACCUGAAAUUUGAUGCAGAGAGAGAUCUCAAAGACAUAAAUGCAUCAUUUCUUCCUGUGCAUGCCUUAAACAAGAUUAAGUACGGAGACACAGCUACCUCAGAAGGAGUCCUAUUUGCAACUUACUCUGCGCUGAUCGGAGAGAGCCAGGCAGGAGGGCAGCACCGGACGAGAAUCAAACAGAUCCUGGACUGGUGCAAGCCAGACUUCGACGGAGUUAUCAUUUUUGAUGAAUGCCACAAAGCCAAGAAUGCCACAUCUACAAAGAUGGGCAAGGCCGUGCUUGACCUGCAAAACAAGCUGCCGCGGGCCAGAGUGGUGUAUGCCAGUGCCACAGGUGCCUCUGAGCCAAAGAACAUGAUCUAUAUGAGCCGCCUGGGAAUCUGGGGUGAGGGCACGCCCUUCAGAGCAUUUGAAGACUUCCUGCAUGCCAUCGAGAAAAGAGGUGUCGGUGCCAUGGAGAUCGUUGCCAUGGACAUGAAAGUGAGCGGGAUGUACAUUGCCAGGCAGCUGAGCUUCUCAGGGGUGUCUUUCCGCAUUGAAGAGAUCGGACUGGAUAGUGACUUCAAAGUGGUCUAUAACAAAGCUGCCCGACUGUGGGCAGAGGCGCUGCAGGUGUUCAUGCGUGCAGCGGAUGAGCUGGGCCUGGUCAGCAGGAAGUCUCUGUGGGGGCAGUUCUGGGCGUCUCACCAGCGCUUCUUCAAAUACCUCUGUAUUGCAGCCAAGGUGCGCUGCCUGGUGGAGCUGGCCAAGAAAGAGCUGCUGGCCGGAAAGUGCAUCGUUAUCGGGCUGCAGUCGACCGGAGAGUCUCGCACCAGAGAAGUCCUGGAUGAGAACGACGGCCAGCUCGACAGAUUUGUGUCUGCAGCAGAGGGAGUAUUCCAGUCGCUUGUAACAAAACAUUUCCCGUCAGAGAAACAGAGGAGAGAGAAAGCCCCGGGCCCAAAGAGAAAACGGAAGCCCCCAAGGGGUCGCCAUCCCAAGGUACCCAAGCACACGGUGGACAGCGGGGGUGUGAUCAACAUCAGCGACGACAGCAGCAGUGACUCCGACGGCAUGGACACGGACUCCAACUCCUCACCAGACUCCUUGCUAGACAAUGAUGAUGUCAUUUUUGUUAACCACACUAGCCACCAGACAGCCAGGAUAGAGGAGAUGAAGCAGGGGCUCCUCAGUCAAAUAUCCGUGCUGGGAAAAGAACUACCUCUCAACACCUUGGACGAGCUCAUCGAUAAGUUUGGAGGACCAGAUCAAGUCUCAGAGAUGACUGGUCGCAAGGGUCGUGUGGUGCGGCGCCCUGAUGGCAGCGUCCGCUACGAGUCUCGGGCUGAGCAGGGUCUGACCAUCGACCACAUCAACAUCAAGGAGAAAGAUCGCUUCAUGAGUGCAGAGAAGUACGUGGCCAUCAUCUCUGAGGCGGCCAGCUCUGGGAUUUCCCUGCAGGCGGACAAGCGAGUGAAGAACCAGCGGCGCAGGGUCCACAUGACCUUAGAGCUGCCUUGGAGUGCAGACAGGGCCAUUCAGCAAUUCGGUCGCACCCAUCGGUCCAAUCAGGUCACGGCUCCAGAGUACAUCUUCCUCAUUUCAGAGUUGGCCGGGGAGAGACGUUUUGCCUCCAUUGUGGCGAAGAGACUAGAGAGCCUGGGUGCAUUAACCCACGGAGACAGAAGAGCCACAGAAUCCAGAGACCUGAGCAAGUACAAUUUCGAGAACAAGUAUGGCACCAAGGCUCUAGAUAAAAUCACCAAAGCAAUCCUUGGCCAUAUAGAGAACAAGGUGCCCCCUCCCAAAGGAUACCCUGGGGGUGAAGCCAUGUUCUUCAGAGAGAUGAAGAUUGGGAUGAUGGAUGUAGGCAUCUUUUGUAGGGAGCCACGCUUUGGGAUCAAUACUGAGAAAGACUGCAGCAUCACAAAGUUCUUAAACCGCAUCCUGGGCCUGGAGGUCCACAAGCAGAACCAUCUCUUCCAGUACUUCACCGACAACUUUGACUACCUGAUCGAGAAGGAUAAGAAGGAGGGCAAAUAUGACAUGGGAAUCCUAGACCUUGCUCCAGGUAACGAUGAGAUCUAUGAGGAGAAGCAGGAAACGUUCAUGACGGUUGGAAACCCUCAGGAUGGCCAGGUUGUUCUCUAUAAGAUCAGCGUGGACCGAGGCAUGCCCUGGGACGAGGCCCUCAACAGGUCCCUGAAGCUCAGCGGGCCCGAUGACGGAUUCUACCUGUCGCUGAAGCUGCGAGGGAACCACCCAUGUGUGCUGCUAGCUGAGCAGGGAAGAGGCAAGAACCUCAUCGUCUACAAGCCCAACAUCGGCAAGCAGACGCACCCCGAGAGCCUGGACAACCUGCAGCUGCGCUACAGAAAGGUGACUUCAGAGGAAGCGAGGGACAGCUGGGAGAACCAGUUCAACUUCUCCUUCAAGAAGUGCAGCCAUGCCAACUGGAAUGGGAAGUGUAAGAAGAUAGAGGAAGGUCAAGAGUGUCUGCAGGGCAUGCGGCUUCGUCAGUACCACAUGCUGUGUGGAGCUCUGCUGCGUGUGUGGAAGCGUGUGUCUGAUGUGGUGUCAGACCUCACCAGCUCCAGCAUCCUGCAGAUUGUCCGUCUAAAAACCAAACAUCAUAACAAGCAAGUCGGUAUCAAGAUCCCGGAGAACUGUGUGGCGCGCGUGCGAGAGGAGCUGCUGCAGAUGGACGACGAGGUGAAGAGGAGGCGGAAGGAGCGGGAGCAGCAGGCCGUGGAGCAGCGGCAGGCUCAGGACCGCAAUCGUAAAAUGGAGCAGGACAACAAACACCUCCUGGCCAAUCUGUUCAACCAGAAGCCGAUGCUCAACCAGUCCCUCGCUCAGACUCUCGCCCAGAGCCAGCUCCUCAAACAGAAACCGAACGAAAACGCUCAGCGAAGGCAGAGCUUGAGCGGCUCUCAGCUUCAGAGACUGCAAGCCCAAGCCAAGUCGGCUUUACAGCAGCCCUCCAAGAACGUCCCCCUGCUGUCCUUACAGAGAAACCCCGGCCAAUCCCAGCAGAGGACCCACAACAGCUGGCUCAACACCUCCGCCUCCACCAACCAGGCCUCCAACAUGGCCAGCAUCCGCUCCCAGUUUUUCUCCCAGUCCUUCGCACCGCCUUUUCAACAGAGGAAAAACGCUUCACUCCAACAGACCACGCUGUCGCCCAGCUUGUCCUCCAAGAAUCCCCUGGAUGACAUCUUGGAUCUGACUAUGGGCUCCCCCUCCCCGGACACCACGGACGGCGGGCUAAAUCUGGAAAGUCUGGCAGGCCACGCUGCAUUCACAGACGACUUUAACCUGGAGUCUCUGAUCUCUCAGACUGCAUCGAAUGCUCAGCAGCAGGCUGCACAGAUCCAGCAGCCGCUUCUCUUGCAGCAGCAGCAUCAGCAGCAUCAGCAGCAUCAGCAGCAUCAGCAUCAGCAGCAGCAGCAGCAGCAGCAGCAGCAGCAGCAGCAGCAGCAGCAGCAGCAGCAGCAGCAUCAUCUACAGCAGAGGAGCCAGAACCUGCUGGCCAACAACCACCAAGACUUGUUAGAUUUAUUUGACUUGCCCCUGUCUCCCCAGAUGCCCACACAGAAAGCCAGCCCUUCCUCCUCUACCUCCUCCUGCUCUUCCUCGGCGUCCUCCACCUCCAACAACCUGGUUCCUCUCGCCUCGGCCGGCCUCCCCCCCGCCUCCAGCCUCGUCCCCACCCCCUCCCCGUCUUCUCUCUUCUCCAGCCCGUCCCCGUCCUCCUCUCUGUUUUCCAACUCGUCGCCUCGCUUCUCGUCAAACUAUCUCCUCCCUCAGUCGGACUCGCUUUCAUUGCCCAACGGACACCCCAGCACCCUGGACGCCCGCGAGGCUCUGAACAUCAUGCUGCAAGAGGCGGCAGAUCGCAAGUCCGUCAUUAAGUACCGCCCACCAGAGUGAGAGCUCGAACAGCUACAGCUCGUCUGGACUUUGCUUCUUCUUUUGUUGUCUUUUAAAGCAGAUUGUGUCUUGUUUGCUGCCGUCUAUGAACGCCUCCUCGGACCUACCCCCCCUCCUCCCCUCCCCCUCAGGGCCUAUAGUCACGUCACUGCCUGCCCUGCGCUCGGCUCACCCUUCCCUUUACCCACCUGUAGCGUCCACCUGCUUUAGGCCAUAGCGGGCUCCAUCAAUAUCAGAUUUCUGCACCAAAGUGAAAGGCAGCUGUAUAAAAGAAGUGAAAAGUAGUAACUGUAUUUUAUUGAUCGUACGAGCUGUCCAAACAAAAGCUCAUUCAUAGAGGUGUAGAAAUCUUUAAUAAACCUCCCGCUGCUGAUUUGACGAGGUAUGAUUGGUGAAGUUGCUGGAAGCUCUCAAUGCCUUUCACCGGCUUUAACCACAUCUUUAGACUUUGCUUUACUGUUACUUCGCUUCAUGGCCGUUUUGUCUUGACUAAAACAAGGCUGUAUGCAAGGCUUGGUUUGAGUGAAACAAAAGAUACAUUGAACUGGAAGAUGGGGGGGAAAGCAAACGGAUGGAAUCUUUUAGCUGAUAAGCCAUGAAAUGCCUCAGUUUUCCUUUUUUUUCCUCCUACAUGCUCCCUCUUGUUUCCCUCCCUGCUUGUAUGAACACUAGUGUGAGGAAAAGGAGAGAGGAAGAGCAGUCUGCUGUUGCAAACAGUGCCUUUGGAAAAAUCUAUAAAUGCAGUCUUUAAAAAUCCAUGUAGCCUAAUGUAUAGAUUUGUACUCUUGAGCGUUGGUUUUUAAUUUUUUUAAUUUAAACGUGGUGUAUUUGUAUUUAUCUUUUAUCCCCCCUGAGUCCGUCAGUCGAUGUUUGUGUUACACUAUGCUGGUGGUGGGUUUCAGGAAGAAGCCGCCAUUACUCUGUGUGUGCUCGUAUGUAGCUGCUCCUAAAAUAAUAGAGCGGCAGACUUAUCUUCUUCUCUGUGUCCUUCUGUCCCUGUUGAUGCGAGCGACAGUGUGGUCAGUACGGCACGGAUUAUUAUUGAGCAACAUGGAUAAAGCAAAAAUGUCCAAAAAUGUUAUCACCCCCAUUUUUUAAAAAUCUGACAAUAACAUUUAGUGAUGUGACUCCUGGUUUGAUCUGAUUUUGAAUUUCUCAGGAAAGUCUUUGUUGUUGUUGUGUCAUUUUUACCAACAAACAUUUUAGUUUUUAAGUACAGUGACAAAGAAUUUCAAGCUUUUAUUGUCUUGAUGUCUGAAAAUGAAAGUCAUGUUGUUUUUAGCAAAUUCUGAGAUCCAUUUCUCAUUAAAUCUGUUUCCAUUUCAGCCAGCAAGACCAUAAAAACAUUUGAAACGUGCAGACUUGUGAUGUUCUCUGUGUAUGGUAGUACCUGUGAGAUCUGGCCAUGUUUGUGUGAAAACGAUGCACUGUAGUUGGUUCAUGACAAAAUGCCGGGAUAAGUUCAAGUGAUCAAAAAGCAAUAAAACCAUAUUCUACAUUUUAUUGUGAAACAGAGAUGCCUAAGUACUGUUUACGCUCAACAGGCAAAGCUUUGUGGUUACCUUUGCAUGGUAUGAAUCUUUUAUUUCUGUUGUGCUUCAUAGUCUUUUAGUUAAACAGAUUCUGAAAUGCAUACCACCUUUGUAUAGUAAGUUUUCACGGGAUGAUGUUUUAGUCCUCGUUAUUAUGAAAAGUUAUUGUUAUUUAUAUUUAAGGGAUAUUUAGAUUUUAGAUAUGUUAUCCUGCUUAUUAGAAUAGUCAUGGAAAUGUUUUUGGUCAGGGAAGUUUCUAGUUUUCAAGAUUACUAUAAAACAAAUUAUAUUAUAACCUGCCACCAAAUAAGAUUGCACUGUUCUGUACUGCUGUACAGUGUCUGGAUUUAUUUCUGCUCAUUUCAGUUUUGCUUUCACUCAAAAAUAAUUGUUUCUCCAACUCGUAGACCUUUUGUCAGGCCUCCAAUUUGCAGAGAGAUACCAAAGUAUUCCACAGACACCCCCGAAAAGUUACUGGCUCUAAGAUAUCAGACCUUUAUCAAUCUCAGGAAGAAACCAAGAGGUGUAACGGCGGGCGUUGGCAGAAAUAUAUCAUAUCCCCUUUUAACAGCGGUGAAACUAACCAGUUCAUGUGCUAUUCUGUUCUUAACUGUGCUGUGACUCUUGCUGUAUUUAUGUUUUAGAAUUAAUGUGAUGGGUUUGUUGUUUGUCCUUGUGAACAUGUCAGUGAUUAUAAAUGUUUAUGCCUUCUUAGGGCAAAGAUCAACGGCUGUUUCUUUUUAAGGAACAGUUUUAUCUGUGCUGGACAUUUAAUUAAUGUUAAAGCUGACGGGUUUUAGAGUCGAUUCGUAUCUUGGUUAUCUACGUGCAAUUGAUCUGUCCAAGCCUCAGCGUAAAACAGAUUUCUAGGUUCAGUCUCCCAGUUUCUCCGAUUCUUGAUAACGCUUCAUUUCUUUUCAUUUGCAACAUUGCAACAAUUUAGCUUUUAAUAUUCCUCAUCAGGCACAUUCCCGGACAUCGGUCUGCAAAAGACUUGCCUUCAAUUUGUUUUUAUAGUCACAAAAAUAAAGCUUUAUGCAUUUGAGGGAUUUGGACUGCGUUUUUAGGAAGAAAAAGCGUUGUUUUUAUUCAAGUUUAUUAGUGUUUUUAGGCCUUUUUAUGGUUUAUUAUCAUUUUGCACUAAGAAUGGCAUAAUCAAGUUACUGUUCUCUUGUGGGUUAUGAUUGAGCGUUGCAAGCUUGUUGUUUUCCUGAUCUUUGAUGGAUAGCUCUGUGUAUACUGUAACCAUCUGUUCUUGUUUCUCUACCGUUUGCAUAUUACAUCAUCUUAUCACUCUCGAAAUAAUUUAUUGCUAACAAAAAAUGAAACAAAAAACAUGCUACUGAUUGUAUGUAUUUUUAAACAAAGCCUAUUUUUUCUGUAAAAAAAGAAACUGUGUUCAGCACUUUUAUUCUGGGUUGUGCUUUUGUUUUCUAUAUAUUUAUAAUUUAGAUCCAAAUGUAUAUAUUGUAAAAUUUGUGCCUUUCGACUAAUUCUUUAAAAAGGUUUUCUACUCAUUAAAGGAAGGACUAUAUGAAAUUGCAAUCUUAACUUUGUAAACAAAUAAAAACUUGAAGAUU